AGCACAAAAACAAAAGUGCACAGUCAAACGAGUUUCUAAAGCGAGCGCUCGCGUUUCGUCCGUAGAAAAAUUGAGUUCGCGCCUCGUAGAAAAUUUAAUUCGCGCGCUUAGGUCGGGAGAAACGUGUUUAAUGUGGUUUUUGGAAACAAAAAUAAAAAUAAAUGUGAAAAAAGAAAUGGACAGUAAAGCAUGUCCAGUGCGUAACGCAUUUAGUGAAUGAAAAGUGCUAGAGUUCAAAGAUACCGUGAGAUAAUGGAGUUGGAAUAGAAGAAAUUCCACGAAAUACAAGUGUGAGCAAAUUUGGUGUACUGAUGGCAGUGUGCGGAAUGCCCGGCUGUGUGUGUGUAAAAUUCACGGUAAAUAAAUAAAUAAAAUUUGUGUACACACACGCAUUGUGUGUAUAUAUUAUACACAGCAUGUUGUGAAGUUGCGGCGCAAAAGAAAGCACGCGAAUAAAACAUAAGAAAAAUUUAAUUACGCCUGCGUCUGGGAAAGUGCGUCGUUCUAUUUUGAAAUCGAUACCAAAAUAAAAAAGAAAAAAAAAGAGGUGACAAACAACAACUAGAACAACAAUGCUUCGCGCCAACAACAACGUUGCAAAGGGAUCAGCGAAGUCUAAAUGCAUCAUUGAGAUCACGUGAAAUGAUCAUUGAGUGCCUCGAAGGUGUGAAAGUAAAAAUCAAGUGAAAAAUGUGAGAAAAAAUAAGGAAUGCUAUGUGACAACAACCACAAAUACUUGCAAACAAAUAAGAUCAAGCGAGCAACAGCAGCGGCAACAACAACAACAAAAACAACAACAACGAGCAAAUCAAGAAAAAUGAUAACCUAAAUAAAUCAAAUUGCUAGUCAAAAAACAACAACAAAGCAACAAAACCCAGGGAACGAAGCCAGAGCAAGAGAGAGGAAAAGUAAGUUAUAGAAGUGAUCCGAAUUCCGAUCCCCAGUGCAUUUUCUCCCCCUAUCUCUACCUCUCUUCGCCACGUUUUUCCCCAAAAUUAAAGUUUUUUUCGGGUUUUCUUUUUCCAUCGAAGAAAGCUUUCGCCAAAGGCUGGAAGAAAGUGCAAAGACAGCAGUGGAGAAAAAUAUUAUCAAAACGUGUUUAAAAUUUAUAACAAUAAAGAAAAGCGACUUAUUGAUUGUUUUCCAUAGAGAUCUUCGGUGGAGAAAUUUAAAUAACAAUCCGUUAAGGAAGUGUCAAAAAUAUAAAGUUGCAAAGGCGGGAAAAGUGGAGAUAGAAAAUAGCAUUCCAACUGACGACAAAGCAGACAUUGAGCAUUAUAUUUGUUGAUUUUUUACGCUGCGGCAGAGACGCCAGCAGCCUGCGCUUCCGCAAUAUUGAUAAGACGGAGUUUGGCUUACUAUGGUCACACUAAAAUGACUUUCGUUUUCUUGGCUUGAAUAUCACUUUUUGACAUGGAUACGACAACAAAAACAUCAUCUGAUGGGGUAUUAUCAGCCACGGCAACGUUAACGCUAGGCAACAUUUGUGUUUUGUGUCGACAAGAGAUGUUGCAAGAUACAUGUUGCUGUCGGCAAGCAGUUAAAGCAGUCAAGGCGUUUACAGGCCACUGCUGUGCGGAAGGUAACAGCAGCGGCAACAGUAAAACAAGCAGUGAAAGCAGUGCGCUUACUAAGGAAUGUUUGAAGAUGAACAUGCCUCCGUUGAUUAGGGAAAGCUGGAUAAAUGGAAAAGUUGAAGCAACAAUUCCGUUGUCUUUUGAAAGCUGGUUAAAUGCAAAAGUUGAAGCAACCGGCAAAAAAAGGGGCAUGAAGUGCAGUAGAGUUGGCGGCGGCGAUGAAAACAACGUUGGCAACACUAAAAACCAUCGACGGCAGCGCGAAAAAUUAAACAUCUUCAGCAAUUGUCACAACAUAUUGCGAACGUUGCAAUCGCUACUGCUGCUCAUGUUCAAUUGUGGCAUAUUUAACAAGCGACGUCGGCGGCAGCAGCAACACCAGCAGCAAUCAAAUGUAAAUUUCACAAAAUUCCUAUUGCUGUUAGAAACAAUGGCAGCAGCAACCACAAGACUGAGUUUAAGCCCUAACAAUUACAACCAACAACAACUAAAACAUAAUCAACAGCUGCCACAUAAAAAACAACAGUCAGAGAAGCAAGAUCGUUAUCACUACAACAAGCGUCAUUAUCAUCACUGGAAUAGUGGUCUUAUCUGGAUAUUUGCCCUCAAUAUCGUAUUCAUCCAUGCCACCGCAUCUAUCGUGCUGCCACCAGAAUUGCAGCAUCUGCCACACAACGAUAUAGCCGAUAAUCUGAAUGCUCUUUCAGUAUCAACGCAUUCGCGACCGCCUAGGAGUCAAUCAAACGAAACCAUGCGACUGUCACAAAAUAUACAACCUUGUAAGUCACUCGAUAUUCGAAACCUGGUGUCGGGCUUUAGCCAACUGGAGAACUGCACGGUCAUCGAGGGUUUCCUGUUGAUCAACUUGAUAAACGACGCCAGUCCCCUGAACCGAUCGUUUCCGAAACUUACAGAGGUCACGGAAUUCGUUGUGGUUUACCGAGUAACGGGACUGCACUCGUUGUCGAAGGUUUUCCCCAACCUGAGCAUCAUCAGGGGGGUGAAACUGAUUGACGGAUACGCCCUAGUGGUGUACUCCAAUAUGGACCUCACCGAUUUGGGGCUACCCAGACUGCGAGCGGUGACCAGAGGCGGUAUUCGGAUCGAGAGGAACCGGAAGAUGUGCUACGAUAGGACCAUCGACUGGCUGCCCAUUAUGUCAUCGAAUGCGACCCAGUCGCAGGUGGUCCUCCUGGAGAACGCCAAGCCGCAGGAGUGCGAGGAGUCCAAGUGUCCGGGGGAGCUGAGGUAUAUAGAGGGCCACGACUCCAUGGCUGUCGGCGGCGAACCUAACGUCAGUUGUCGGGAGUACGGUGAUCACAAGCGCUUCUGCUGGGACAGCAAAGUCUGCCAAACAUUUUGUCCAGAGAAAUGCCGGAACAACUGCCUGGAUGAGGACACCUGUUGCAGCAAUGACUGUCUGGGUGGCUGCGUCAGGGAUCAAAACGGCAAGGAGAGCUGUAUCGGCUGUCGAAAUUUUUCGUUAAACAACGUUUGUGUGGAUUCCUGUCCGAAGGACUAUUAUAUUUACGAUAGUCGCUGCGUAACUUGGAAUGAGUGCAUCAGGCUGGUAAAGUUUGACGCCGGCAAGGAGUUGCCUGGAAUUCCCUAUGAAGGCCAAUGUGCCCAGCGGUGUCCCCCGGGGUUCAUGGAGCAGGAGCACACCUGCGUUCCUUGUCCGGGCGGAAAGUGCGAGAAGCCGUGCAAAGCCAGUCUCAUCGACAGUUUGGAGCGGGCACGAGAAUUAAAUGGCUGCACAUCAAUAUACGGAAACACUGCUCUGACCAUCAGCAUUAAACGUGAGAGCGGAGCUCACGUCAUGGAGGAACUGGAGUUUGGUCUGGGUGCUAUCCAUACAAUUGAAACGUCGCUUAUGGUUCACCUGACCUAUGGAUUGAAGUCACUAAGGUUCUUUCAAUCCCUGACCGAGAUUAGAGGCGAAUCUAAUGACACAGAGAAUUUUGCUUUGUACGUGCUGGAGAAUCGCGAUCUGGAGGAGCUCUGGAAUCCCAACCAAACGGUGUUCAUUCGGAAUGGCGGCGUCUUCUUCCAUUUCAACCCGAAACUGUGCGUAUCCACGAUCAACAAGCUGCUGCCGAUGUUGGCCUCCAAGCCAACGUCCUUCGACAAGCGCGAUGUGGCCAUCGACUCAAACGGAAACCGUGGAUCCUGUGGAACCGCUGUUCUCAAUGUUACUUUGGGAACUGUGAGUUCCUUCAGUGCUGAGCUGAAAGUCACGUCGAAGGUGGAGAUAGGAGAUCCCCAAGGGCCGACCAAUGCAACAAUCAUUUUCAAGGAUCCCCGUGCCUUCAUCGGCUUUGUGUUCUAUCAUAUGAGGGAUCCGUAUCGGAACGCCAGCAAGGGCAGUGAGGAUCCAUGCGACGAUCGCUGGAAGGUGAGCUCCCCGGACAAGAGCGGCUCCUUGUAUGUGACCGACCUGAUUCCCUACACUUGGUACGCCUACUAUGUCCGCACAAUGGCCAUUUCUUCGGAGGCGACGAAUGCGGAGAGCGAGGUGCAUUACUUCAGGACAAAUCCGGGAAAACCUUCAAGGGUCACCGAUGUAAUGGCCACCGCCAUUUCAGAUUCGAAAAUUAACCUCACAUGGAGCUACCAAAACAAACCUUAUGGCAAACUGGCACGCUUCUUUGUCAAGGCCAAACUGAUUAGUCGCCCAUCCCGUAUCCCCAAUCGAGAUUACUGCGGCGAACCUCUUGUCAAGGCAUUGGAUUAUGACAUGCCGCCCACGACUCCCACGAAGAAAACGCCGGAUCCUUUGGUUGACGACUGCAAAUGCGUGGAGAGCCCCAAGAAGACCACGAGCCACAACUAUGACGACCGAGUGGUCCAGGCCGGCAUGGAGUUUGAAAACGCGUUGCAGAACUUUAUCUUCGUGCCGAGCUCACGGAACCGGAACAGAAACGUCUCGGCUGACAUAAAAGCCAUGGCCGCAGCCCUCGAUUCGAAUGCAAUUCCAAAUGGCGGAGGUAUGAAGUCCGCCCGCCAAAAAAGGGAGCUCGUCCUGGAACCAGAGAUCGAUAAUGGCAGUGUGCUGCUCCGCCACGUUCGUUCACUCAUGUAUAAUUCCGAAUCCGAUAAAGAAGAGGCAACCUACACGAACGAAAGCGUGUGGUCUGCCAACAAAGAAUAUUAUGAGGUGUUUGCCCAGGAAUUGCCACCGAAUCAAACGUCUUUCGUGUUCCAAAACCUGCGCCACUUCACCCGCUACACUAUUUUCGUGGUGGCGUGCCGAGAAGCCAUUGCCAAUGAUAAGGGUCCCUUCUGCAGCGCCUACGAUCCUGUCUUUCCAACAACCAAAAGGAAGGACUUCGCUGAUCUGGCACAGAAUCUUACCGUGGUUCCGGAACACGCCAACAACACGGAGUCCUCGGUUCGCGUGCGAUGGUUCCCACCAGUCGAUCCCAACGGCUUGAUAGUCACCUACGAAAUAGCCUACAAGCUGCAGAAACUCGAUCAAGUCGAGGAAAAGAAGUGUAUCCCGGUGGAGGACUUCAACCAGACGAUGGGUUAUCCGCUGAAGCUCAACGAGGGCAAAUACAGCUUCCGCGUGCGAGCGAACUCAUUGGCGGGAUUCGGCGAGUAUACGGAACUUAAAUUCAUUGAAGUGGAGCCUCCGCCGAGCUACGCAAAGUACUUCAUCUGGCUGGCGGGCACGGGCAGUGCCCUGUUGAUCAUCUCCCUCAUAGGCUACGUUCGUCACCUGCGCAAGAGAGGUCCUUCGCGCGACCUGCACAUGAACACGGAGGUCAAUCCGUUCUACGCGAGCAUGCAGUACGUGCCCGACGACUGGGAGGUGCUGCGGGAUAACAUCAUCCAACUGGCGCCGCUUGGCCAGGGAUCCUUCGGCAUGGUGUACGAGGGCAUCCUGAAGGCUCUGUCCGGCAAUGGAGUGGAUCGGCCGUGUGCCAUCAAGACGGUCAACGAGAACGCCACGGAUCGCGAGCGAAUCAAUUUCCUGAGCGAGGCGAGCGUGAUGAAGGAGUUCGACACGUACCACGUGGUUCGACUGCUCGGGGUUUGCUCGCGGGGUCAGCCCGCUCUGGUGGUCAUGGAGCUGAUGAAGAAGGGCGACCUAAAGUCCUACCUGCGGGCCCAUCGCCCCGAGGAGCGGGACGAGGCCAUGAUGGCGUACCUCCAUCGGAUCGGCGUGACAGGAAACGUGCAGCCGCCUACCUACGGAAGGAUCUACCAGAUGGCCAUCGAGAUCGCGGAUGGAAUGGCCUACCUGGCGGCCAAGAAGUUUGUGCAUCGCGAUCUGGCAGCUCGGAAUUGCAUGGUAGCUGAGGAUUUGACCGUUAAGAUCGGCGACUUCGGCAUGACCCGCGAUGUCUACGAAACGGACUACUAUCGCAAGGACACCAAGGGUCUGCUGCCAGUGCGCUGGAUGCCGCCGGAGAGCUUGAAGGACGGCGUCUACUCGAGUGCCAGCGAUGUGUUCAGUUUCGGAGUGGUCCUCUGGGAAAUGGCCACCUUGGCGGCGCAGCCAUAUCAGGGAUUGUCCAACGACCAAGUGCUGCGCUUCGUCAUCGAUGGCGGAGUGAUGGAGAAACCCGAAAACUGCCCGGAUGUGCUGCAUAAGCUCAUGCAAAGGUGCUGGCAGCAUCGACCUUCGGCGAGACCCAGUUUUCUGGACAUCAUCUCGUACCUCGAGCAGCAGUGUCCCGAUUCGAACUUCAAGGACGUGUCCUUCUACCACUCGGAGGCGGGUCAGCAGCACAGGGAGAAGGAGCGCAAGGAGCGCAGCCAGCUGGACGCCUUCGCAGCGGUUCCCUUGGACCAGGACCAGCAGGAGCCGGAGCAGCAGGAGGAUGCCACCACACCGCUGCGGAUGGGAGACUCCUCCCUGGAUCAGCCGGCCGAGAGUCCCAUCGCCUUGGUGGACGACCAGGGCACCCAUUCGCCGUUCAGCAUGCAAUCCGGACUAAUUGCGAGCAGUACUCCCGAUGGCCAGACGGUUAUGCCGACCGCAUUCCAAAACCUACCCGCCAUGCAAGGCGACGAUACGUCCGCCUACGUUCAACCAGAUCCGGAGGCCUUGGGCGGCGAAGCGGGGUACGAGUUAUACGAUCCCAGUCCGAAGGUAGCGGAGCUGCCGACGAGCAGGAGCGGAAGCACUGGCGGCGGAGGGAAGCUCAGUGGGGAGCAGCACUUGCUGCCGAAGAAGACCCGCCAGCCGGUCAUCAUGAGCAGUUCCAUGCCCGAUGACGUCAUCGGCGGAUCCUCGCUGCAACCCUCGACCGCUUCGGCAGCCAGUUCGAAUGCCAGUUCCCACACGGGACGCUAUCCCAGCUUGAAGAGAGUGGUGGCGGACACGCUUCGCAAUCGGACCAACAUGUUCAACCGCCACCUGUUCAACCACAAGCGAACAGGGAGCAACGCCAGCCACAAGAGCACCGCCUCGAAUGCUCCAAGCACCAGUAGCAACUCCAAUCUGACGAGUCAUCCGGUGGCCAUGGGCAACCUGGGAACCAUCGAGAGCGGAGGCAGUGGCUCGGCGGGCAGCUACACGGGAACACCCCGCUUCUAUACGCCCACGACCACGCCCAUCGGUGGAAGCGUGGGGCUGGCCAUCAGCGACAAUCCGAACUACGGACUGCUGGACGAAUCGGUGGCCAGCGACCAGGCCACCAUCCUCACGACCAGCAGUCCCAAUCCGAACUACGAGAUGAUGCAUCCGCCGGGCAGUCAGAUCAGCAAGAACCCCAACUACAUGGCCAUGAACAAUCCCUCUCAGCCUGUCCAAAUGGCGGGGGUGACCAUCAGCCACAAUCCGAACUACCAGCAGAUGCAGGCGCCGCAGAACGCACGCCACAGCAGCUCCGACGACGACAACGGACUGGAUGAGGACGACGAGGACGACGACGACGUGGACGACGAGCACGUGGAGCACAUCAAGAUGGAGCGCAUGCCGCUGAGUCGUCCGCGGCAGAAGGCGGUGCCCAGCAAGACGCAGCCGCCGCGCAGUCGCAGUGUCAGCCAGACGAGGAAGUCGCCCACGAAUCCCAACUCCGGAGUUGGAACCACGGGGACGGGCAACAUGUCCAACCUGCUGAAGGAGAGCUGGCUGCGACCGGCGAGCACGCCGAGGCCUCCGCCGCCCAAUGGAUUCAUCGGACGGGAGGCGUAAUCCUCGAGAGCCGCAGAUCGGCGGCGGGGGAACCUGUAUAUAGAUGAGCUUGUGGGAUGAGCGAGGGGGAACCGCGCGCAGGAUACGGAGCAGCAAACUUUUGCCGCAAGCCAAGCUUCCUUGACUUUGACUCUUCCCUUUGCCUGCAAGCUGGGGCACCGAGAUUUUGAACAAAGGAGUAGGGGAGUCGGAAAGCGACUCGAUCCUUGCCUGGUAGCCAAGAUGCCUCAAAAGAAAAGUUAUCAUUCAUUUUGCAAAUCCUUUCUUUAAUGGGAAAAACUCAUGUUAAUCCCAAUUCCUUUAGAAAACAAUUAUACUUGACUCUUUUUUGGUUGCAAACCAAUUUAGUAAAACUGAGAUUCAAAUUCAAUUUUUUCAAAUAUUAUUUCGAGACUUUUAGUCAACAAUAAUACAAAAAAUAGUUACAAUUUAUUGAAACCUUGACUUGAUUGCCAGGAACCAGCCAAAGAUUGCUUAACGCUACCAGGACUCUUUGUUCAAAACCUCGAAUUGCCCCAAUCGCACAUGUAAAAUAUCAAUAGUUUCGAUUAAGCCUAUUUAUGUUUACGUAUUCGUUUAGUAUUUACUCUACAUUUUUUUGUUUGUUUAUAUUAAUGAACUAGAGACGUUAACGCAAUACAAAACUAGAGUGGGGAAAGCAUCAAGCAGAGAGAAAGAGAGAGCGAUAGCGAAAGCAGAGAGAGCAGAGAAACAGGAGAAAACAAAAACAAAAACAAAAAACAAACAAAAGCAAAAGCAAAACAAGUCCUACAUGCAAAUAACAAAAGUACAAAAGCCAACAACCAACCAACCUAAGUACCGUUUAAAUAGACAUACAAAUUCUACCAAUUAUUACUUAUAACUCAUACCUACUACGUAUAUUAAUUAUGAUAAUUUUUAGUACCUACCAAACAAAUCGCGGAGGAAAGGCGAGGCGAGAGUAAGAGGAAGAGCAGCGAAAGGGAACGGAACGAAACGUAACGUAGCGAAACGUAACGUAACGGAACACAAGCAAAAACAGAAAUAGAUAAACUAUAUUCAACAGCAAACAAGCAAUACAAAAACAAAACAACAACUGUCUUCACUGAGUUAGCUAGCGAUAGUUAUAAUUAUCCAAAUACCAGCCUAAACGUAACUAAAUUUAAAUGUACUCAGCUAAUUUCAAAUGCAUGUCGCAAUGCCUUGCAAGUUUUUAGCACGUUUACCCCCUGAUUUUUAUUUAUAUAUUUACACCUACACCUACAUACAUAUAGUGUACAUUUAAAACAAGUGGUAAGUGUUGCUUGAUUGUGCAUAAGUCACUUGUAGUUUCUUAUCUUUUUAUUGCGUAAUUAUAAUAUUUAUUUUCAACACGCCCCCCUGUACAUAGAAAUUGUAAAUGAAGCGAAUCGCAUAGGGUAACUGGCAAAAGUUUGCUCCGCUCUAAAAGUACCAUCUACAUACUUGGCUCCGAUCAGAUCAGGUAUAUAUAGCCAUGUAGCUAUAGCUGGAUCGACAUCGAGCGAAAGCAGAGCGCAGUAGCAAACCAAACAACUUUUGUUCAUUCUUUUUUUUUGUUUUCUAAAUUAAUUUUCGUUGAAGCCAAGCUUCGGAGAGAGAAUUAAAGAGGAAGAGGAAACCAUAACGUAAUUUCAAACUGAGAGCUUAAGUAACUGAUGCAUCAUAAUUAUUGUAUACAAAAUCUGCUGUCGUUUUUUAUACAACAACACAUGCUAUAUACGAAGCAAAAGCAUUUUAUUGUAACUAACUAACUAUAGAUAAAAGCAAAACUAAACGAAAGAAAAGAAAAGAAAAGAAAAGAAAAACUCCAUAGACUCAUAUACAACAUUUUUCACUAGACCUAAAUAAUCUGCCAUAUGCCAUUAACUCAAAUAUGAACAAGAAACCGGACGGAUUUUGUUUUUCUUUAAUUUAAUUAUUCAACAAUAGCUCAUAGACGAAACAAUAGACAAAUUAUAUACCGUAUAUAUUUACACAUAGUUAAGAACUGAACGUGAUAUGUUUGCUGAGUGUACUAUCCUGACAGUUCUCCGAUUUCUGGCACAAAAAACUGAAAACCGGAAAACGGAACCCCAAGUCCAAUCCCGAUUCAAGAACUUACUUCAAAGCCACACAACAUUCUCUUGAAAAUCUGAAAUAAGCAAUAAACCACUUUAGCAACAGCAACAGCAACAACAUUUACAUUAUCGACAACAACUGCAACAAAUGGAAUUUUUAAACGAAAAACAACUACAACAAAAGUAUUCGAUAUUUGCCUUCGCUCUUUAUAUUAUUAUAUAUUUAACUAUACAAACACAUAUAUAUUUAAUGACUAAAUGAAAGCAAAGAAAAGCAGAAACAAACAAAAACACACGCAUGUGCAACGUUUUUUGUUUUUAUUUUAUAGAUGCAAAGCGAAAACAAGGAAACUAAAUAUUUAAAUGAAUUAUACAAAUUACUUAGAUUGUAGGCAUCGUAAGAAGGAUAGAGGGAAUGAGUGGAAAGCUGGUGGAAACCUUGAACUAAUUUUAGUAUAUAAAGUUAAAAGGAAGAAAACAACUAGUGCUAAUUAUAUAAACAAAACUGGGAAGCAAGCGAUAUUUACACUGAAAAAAAUUACAAAAAAAAAAACAAAAACGAAACAAAAAGUAACAAAAAUAAAACAAUUAUUUUAAUUUAACUACGUAAUACGCUAUAUGCAUAACGAAACAAUAGAUAUUCUACACAAAAUCCACGUGCACACGGACACCCAUACACACAUUUACAUACAUACUACACAUACACACAUACACACACACACACACACACACACUAAAAAGACUGAAAGAUAUAGUUCCUUUUGUUUUUAUGUAAAUAAAAAAUGCGAAAGAAAAAGAAAUUCUAACGAAAAUUGUAAACUUAAAAGCGAUGCAUGCGAAGGUGGAAAAACGUAAAAACAA